GGUCGACGGGGGCUUCGUAAAUUGUAUUGUACAAUACAUAUGCAGAUACUGUACGGAAUAGUAGAACCGGCACGAUAACAAGGGGGUAUUUGUUGUACUUGUUACUCUCUUUUCCGUUCUGCUGUCUUGCUUUUUCUUUUUCCCGAUGUCUCGAACAGUACCACAGUAAUCAUAAUCUCAGUCUCUCUUCCGGUCUCGACUCGACAUAACUUCUCUCUAAUAAAGAACGUGUUGGUCCUUGUUCCGAGUACGGCGCCGUAAGAUCAGCGUCAGCAUCAAUCUUCAGCUAAAAGAUCAUCCCUCACAUCGUUCUGUCCUUUUAGGUGGUACUAAGUACCCAUUACGCUCGUUUAAACCCAUCCUUCUACUGUACCGUCCUUUGUGGCGUUUCAUUUACAGCCGCGAAACGAGUUAAAGCAAUAGGAUUCCACGACGUUCUCGUUCUCGUUCUCGUCGCAACACAAAUAGUAAUUCAUUACAGUCACUUGACAGAUCCGCAGACCGUAUAGGUAACACGGAACUCUACUUGGAAGUGAUCGUGCGAAGUAGCGAAGCUAGGCGAAAGCGAGAGGCCCGAUACCUUGUGAAGCUAACUGAGUUGAUGUAUUUCGAGACGCAAUAGCGAUAGGAGGAUAUACGCAAAAUGGGCGAACCCCUUAGGAAUAGUCUGAAAUGGCUGCUUUCUCUUCUCAUAGUCUCACAUGUUCAUGCCUUCUAUAUUCCGGGCUGGUCGGUAAAGAGUUAUAAGGAAGGUGAACACAUUCCUUUACUCGUUAAUAAAGUUUAUUCCGAUAAUACGCAGCUACAAUAUGCCUACUACGAUCUUCCAUUCGUCUGCCCGCCCACGGGUAAAAGCCACGGUCCCGGUCUACUAAGCGGCCAGAGCAUCUCACUCAACCUCGGAGAAGUCCUUCGUGGAGACCGGAUUAUGACUUCAGAUAUUGAUCUUACCAUGGGGCAAGACAAAGAAUGUAGUUUUCUAUGCGAGAAGGUGGUUACAAGAAAAGAGCUAAGGAGAGCUAAGGAGCUGGUUAGGGAGGGAUACGUGGUAGAAUGGAUCGUCGACAAUCUACCCGGCGCCACUAGUUUCGUUACCGUCGACAAGUCGAGAAAGUAUUAUGCUGCCGGCUUUAAGCUCGGCUUCACCGAUUACUCGUCAAGCACCGGAAAGCCGCGCUACUUCCUCAAUAACCAUCACACCAUCGUUAUUCGAUACAGGGCGGCGUCAGGCCGAGAUGGCGAGAAGGGGGGUAAAGUAAUCGUCGGUUUCGAGGUUUAUACAAAAAGCAUUGGCCCGAACGCCAAGCGAGACAACGGCUGCCCUGCCGACCUUCACGAUGUCGAGGAUCGCUUCGAACUCUACAUGGCCCCAAAUAAGACGACCGAUUUACAGACGCAGUAUCCCCGCUCGUCUUACCACCCCGCGGCGAUCGAAGAAGGCGAUGAUGAUGACACCAUCUCCAUCCCGUACUCGUAUUCUGUAUACUUCCGCGAAGACGAGUCGAUCGAAUGGAACCGUCGUUGGGAUUUAUACUUCGUCAACUCGGAGGAGGGCUCUCGAAUCCACUGGCUAGCCAUCGUCAACUCCCUGAUUAUCUGCGGCCUGCUCACUGGUAUCGUUCUCAUGAUCUUGGCUAAGACCAUCAGGUCUGAUAUUAAAGGAUACAAGGAAGGUUCUAUCGAAGAUGGCAAGUUACGCAGCAAGGGGAAGCCUGGCAAGCGUAGUCCUAAAUCUGAAAAGGCGGGAUUUGGCGUCCUCGAGAGAGAAGGUGAUGCGGAUAAGGAAAUAGAUGUGAUAUCUGAUGAUGAAGCGCUAGAAGAUGUCACGGGCUGGAAGCUUUUACAUGCGGAUGUCUUCCGGAAGCCUGAGUACGGUCAUCUGCUCGCUCCACUUGUCGGGUCAGGCAUGCAGCUCCUAUUUAUGGCUAUCGGUUUGGUUUUGCUAAGUGCCAUUGGCAUCUUGAACCCCAGUUUCCGCGGUGGUUUCCUCAGCGCCGGGUUCGGCCUCUUCGUAUUUGCAGGCGUCUUCUCUGGCUACUUCUCCGCAAGAGUAUACAAGACCUUUGACGGAAAAGACUUCGGGAAGAAUGCACUCGUCACGGCAUUCUUAUUCCCUGGCCUGCUGUUCGGUCUGGUCUUUAUACUGAACCUCUUCGUUUGGGCGCAAGCUUCGAGCACUGCCAUACCAUUCGGAACUCUGAUAGCUAUCGUGCUGCUAUGGCUUUGCAUCCAGGUUCCGCUAGUUUACCUGGGCUCUUGGUACGGGUUCGUCCGCACAGGCGCAUGGGAACAUCCUACCAAGACUGCGAGCAUCCCUCGCCAAGUUCCCAACCAAGCUUGGUACGCCAAAAGGUUACAGUCGAUCCUCCUUGCCGGCCUAGUCCCGUUUGCUGUGAUCUUUAUCGAGCUUCUCUUCGUAUUCCAGUCGCUAUGGCAGGAUAAGAGCGGGUACUACUACGUCUUCGGUUUCCUGGCUGUCGUCUCUGUCAUCCUGGUCCUGACUAUUGCCGAGGUCACGGUUGUGACUAUCUACGUCCAGCUCUGCUCCGAGAACUAUCACUGGUGGUGGCAAUCCUUCUUCGUGGGCGGCGGAAGCGCCGUAUGGGUGUUCCUAUACAGCAUCUGGUACUACUUCGCCAACCUGCAUAUAUCGGGCUUCGUGAGCUCCAUGCUGUUCUUCGUAUAUAGUUUUAUGGCGUGCUGCGUGUACGGGCUUCUUACUGGGACCGUGGGAUUCCUGACGGCGUAUGCAUUCGUCAGGAGGAUAUACGGUGCUAUUAAGGCGGACUAGAUGAUUAAUCAAUGAGCGAACGUGAUAAUGCAUUAAUGAGACGGAUAUAAUAUUUCAUAUACAUGUUUACCUCUUUUUUUUAUGGCCUCUUAUGUACCUAAUAUUUGGAAGCUCUUAUUUUGGCGGUGCUAAGCUCCUAUUAUGAGGUCUCGACCACACUAAUUGGAUAAAAGGCUGGCGUAGGUUUCUGAGCCUAAGUGCCUGGGAGAUGUUGCCCGGCAGCCUUCUGUUAAGUCGACCUUACGUUUAUAAGCCAGCAAUGGCAUUGUUAUACAUUUGUAUAUACUUCAAGCUACCUAUGAAUAUAUGAAGGAAUAGCAUGUUUAUUGCCAAUGAC